ACUAGUUCAAAUGAACAUAUAGUCCCUGUUCAAGAUGUGUCCUUUCCAAGUGAAAUAAUACCUGGAGUAUUUGAAUAUUUUUCUUCAGAAAAGCUCAAAAUUCCAAGUAAUGAAGGAGCAGUUACGAUGUCACAUGAUGAAGGAAAUAAAUCUGAAACAGAAUUAUCUGAUACAAAAGAUUCUGAAACUUCAAUUGAUUCUUUGGACUAUAAAAAUCUUCAUGAUCUAACAAUAAUUGAAAGUGAUAGCCCCCUGCUGGAUUCUUGUUCUGAAAAAUGUGUGAUUGAUUCUGACUCUGAUAAAAGCAUUAGUUUGGACUCUGACUUAGAACAACACUCAAAAGAUUCUGACUCAAUAAUUUGGGGAAUGGACUUGGACACAGCAAAAUAUCCAUUAGACGCAGACUCUGUGAAGUGCUUGCUAGAAGCAGAAAAAUACCAGAUGGCUUCAGGCUGUGUGGAAGAUCUGAUGGAGUCAGAGCAACACCUAGUGGGAGCUGAACAAUGUUUGAUGGACAUUAACUCUCUGAAACACUGGAUGGACUCAGAUUCAGAAAAAUGCUUCACAGACUCUGAUUUUGAAAAAUAUGUGAUUGACUCUGACAAUAAAAGACAUGAGACAGAUUCAGAUUCAGAAAAAUGCCUCAUGGCUUCUGCACCGGUGGAACACCUGCUAAAAGCAGAAAAAGGCCAAAUGGUUUCAGAUUCCAUAAAACUGAUGGAAUCUAAAAAUACAUUGAUGGAGAGUGAACAAUACUGGAUGUUCUCUGCUUCUGAAAGGUAUGUGAUAGACUCAGGCUUGAGAAGUGAUAAAAUGGACUCAACUUCUGUAUAUGAGGUACAUCUAAUGGAAGAACAAAAACACCAGAAAACUAGAUCUAAGAAAUAUAUGAUAUAUUCUGACUCUGAAUCAUGUGGGAUGGACUUAGAAAGACAUGAACUAGCCUCAGCUGCUGUGAAAUGUCUCAUGAAUGCUAAAACAUUGAACACCGAUACUGAGGGGCGCUGGAUGGAUUCUUGGCCUGAAAAUCAUUCAAUGGACUUGUAUUCUGUAAGCCCAGGGAUGGUCUCUGAUCCUAUGAAAUAUGAAAUGAUGACUGAAAAUUGCCAUAAGGGCUCUGAAAGGGAAAAAUUCUGGAUGGGCCUCAAAUCUGAAUCUGAAAGACAGCAAUUUGAUUUUGACUGCGGUAGAUGCUGGAAUAGUUCUAGGAGACAUCAAUAUAGGUCUGAAAAAUCUCAGGGUAGCUCUGGAAGAUGUCAGGAUAACUUUCAAAAGAAAUGGGAUAACUUUGAAAGAUACCAGGUUUACUCUUAUUCUAAAAAUCAUCAAGCAAGUACUGAAAAUGAAAGAUAUAAGUUUGAAAGUGAAAGACACACGAUGGAGAGGGAACAGUGUCUGAUACAGUUUGAAAAUGAGAGACAUCAACUAGAUGAAGGGAGAGAAAGAUAUCAAUUGGAGUCUGAUAGCAAAGAAAAACACAAGAUUGCAUCUGACAAUGAGAAACAGCACCUUCACUCAAAACAUGAAGCACAACGGCUUGGUGCUCGUAGAAAAGACAAUCGCCCUCAAGGUUUUUGGAGGACUGUUUUCCUGUCACCUUCACUUGUCCAAGAAAAGGAAACUGAAGAACAGCACUGUGCAACAAAUUAAUAACAAAGACAAAACCAGAAAACCAGGAAAAAAUCAGCUGAAACCAAGAUGGAAGUAGAAAUAAAACAAGGGUUAAGCCAGAACUUCAUUACUAUAGCAAAAGCAUACCUACCAGCUCCAUGGGCAAACUGGUAAAGACAAAAUUUUGAAGAAGGAGCUGGUCUGAAUAUAGUUCCUGGAAAAUCCUGCUGAUUGUCCUGAAAUCCUGCUGAUACAGGCCACUUAACCUAUCCUUGUCCUUAGUACCCCACCAUGUAAGUUCCUGCUUCUCCUCCAGGUUGGGGGAGAUGGCCCUUGUGGCAGUGGUCCACCAUGCCCUCAGGUUUGCUAAUAUCUGAUUAAACCUGAUUUCUUUCCACAACUUUUGUCUCUCAAGUUUUGGCCAGUG